ACGCCAUCUUUCAAUGAAAUCCUACAACAGCUGUCAACAGCAAUUGAAUACUCAUUUCUCCUCUGACGGCAAAAAUCCAAGUAAUCAAUAUUUGGUACAUUUUACACUGUACCCGUCUACCAUUCGUCGUCUAGAGUCGCUGUGUGUACCUGUGCUGCUAGCCGCUGUGUGUCGCCAAAAAAAUCGGCUCAAAGCCCGGCUACCAAUUAACGUUGCGCCAAAUUAUUGGCGACCUCUGUGAAAAAGUAAUUCGAAAACAAGUAAGAUCGCAUAAGUUUAAAGGGCCAGAAUGUCUGCGCAAAUUGAGGGCGAUUCUGAAGCUCGGGAUUUGGAUACCAUUAUACACUCGAUAAACAAAGAAAUUGAGGAAGUGACACUUUGCCUAACUGAUGAUUUAGAUUGCGAUGAUGAAGGGUCUACAAAACUUAUAGAAGAUGAAGAUAUUAGUAACACAGAAAAUGAAGAUAGACAAUAUUACUUGGAUGAAGGUGGGAACUUAUAUCUAACCUUGAGUUCAGAAAAACCAGAAAAAACUGGGAGCAGUCGGAAAACAAUAAAGCCUGUCUUAGAGAGCCAAGAAAAACAAAAGGCUAAAAACUCUAGAUCUGGUAAAAUUUCUGUAAAUUCUGGAGAAGAAAACUAUAUGAUUUACAUUAAUUCUUCAAAAGUUAAAUCCGAAGUGGAACAAAAUGUCGAUGAUCCAGCUCCCAUUGAAAUGAACGAAGAAAUCUACGAGUUCGAUGAGUUGGAAGAGCAGAGUGGAACACCGGUUGAAGGUGAACAAAUGUCGUUAUUGAAAGUGAGGCCGUCGAACAAUACGGAUUCUUCUGGUGCAUUGUUGCAUUCUUGUCCACAUUGUAAUUAUCUAACAAAUAAGCGAUAUAUGUUAUCCCGUCAUAUGAAAACCCAUUCGGACGAUCGCCCGUACAUUUGCUCAGUGUGCGAUCGGGGCUUCAAGACAAAUCAUUCUUUACAAAACCAUGUUAAUGUGCAUCUCGGAAGGAAGCCCCAUGGUUGCUUAUCUUGUGAAAGCCGUUUUACUACAGCUGGUGACUUGGCCAGACACGUUCGGUAUAAGCACACCCACGAAAAGCGACACAAGUGUACGGAGUGUGACUAUGCCACCGUAGAAAUGAGUAAGUUACGCCGUCAUAUGCGUGCCCAUACUGGCGAACGCCCCUAUCAGUGUCCUCAUUGCACCUACGCUUCACCGGAUAGCUUCAAAUUGAAGCGACAUUUGCGCAUACAUACUGGCGAAAAACCAUACGAAUGUGACAUCUGUCAGUCUCGUUUUACGCAAUCAAACUCGCUUAAAUCUCAUAAACUUAUACACAGUGUGGAUGAUAAACCCGUAUUCCAAUGUGCGUUAUGUCCAACGACUUGCAGUCGUAAAUCUGACUUGCGUAUACAUGUGCAAAAACUUCACUAUUCCGAAAAGCCGAUUCCCUGUAGAAGGUGCGGUAAGGAAUUGCCCGAUCGGUACAGCUAUAAAAUACAUGCAAAAACUCACGAAGGCGAACGCUGCUACAGCUGCGACCAGUGUAAUUACAAAUCGAUUUCUAUUCGUAAUCUGGAUAUUCAUAAACAAAUUCACAGCGAUGAAAAACCAUUUGGGUGUGAUAAAUGUGGUCAAAGUUUUCGGCAGAAGCAGCUGCUUGGGCGCCAUACAAACUUAUAUCACAAUGAUAAUUAUGUACCACCUCCGAAGCUAGAAAGAACACAUAAAUGUCCGUAUUGUACUCGGACAUUUGCUCAUAAGGGUAAUAUGGUGCGGCACAUGCAAUUACACGAUGCUGCUGUGGGCAAUGGGAAAGAUUUGAAAAUUGAUGAUGAGAAAACGGACUCGGAUACACUAUUCGAUUUCGAGGAUCCAUAUAUGAUCGACGAUGAAUCCGUUAGUGCGGAACAUUUUGAAGAAUACGAGGUAAUUGAGGAAGCGGAUGAAACUGAGGAAAACUUAACCAUAGAACAAGUUGAGCCAACCAGUAGUAAAGCACGCAGCGUUAGAAAUAGUUUAAAGGUACAGCCGGAAAUGACAAAAACAAUAAGAAAAGAGAAUAAGUAUGGAAUUAAAAUGGAAAAUGUGUAUGAGUCAAUAGUUGAGGACGACGAGACCGAUUUGCCUGAGUAUAUGGUAGUAAAAGUUCUGCAAAGUGACGAUGAGUUGGAGGAGGAGGGCGACGAUUGUGUUAUUUUAACAAAUUUUGACAAUGUGAGGGCAAUAGAUAACAGUGAGCUUAAAGUGGAUCUGGACAACUGUUUUGGUUUUAAAAUGGAAGAUGGUAAUGAUGCUGACGAAAGGACAGUUUUGCUCGAUAUCGUCGAGGAUAACUAAUAUCCUUGAUUUCUAAUUGCUUCAAAGUAUAAGUUUAUGAUCCGCCUCAGCAAAAUGGGUUUGUGCUUAAUUGUAAUUAGAGAAAGUUUCUCUAAUAAUGGUAGCCCUCGGCGAGGUUCUGUGUGUAUUUUUGAAAAAAAAAAGCUUAUAUCCAAUCAGCUACCAUUUGGAGACGACAUAAAACUAUAGAACCUGUGGAGCAGUAUCAAGGCGCACAUCUUUUUUAGAGAAGCUCGGGCCAAAACCUAGCAAAUGAGGUGUGCGCCAUUGUAGAUCUAUAUAAAUAAAUAUAAGUAUAAUACAUGUACAAAUAUAUGUAUGUAUUAUUUUUCUUGCAUUCUAUUACUAUUUUUUAUGUUUAAAAAUAUAUGUACAUACCUGUAUGUAUCUACAUUAAUUAUUGUAAUAAUAUAUAAUAUAAAUUCUUUCUUGUACUAAACCGCAAAAGCAUGCGUACGACUAUGCAACGACAAAUAAAUAUUCCGCACAGCAAAAUU